AUGCCCUCAUUGAAUGAAAGACUCUCCUCGGUGCUCCCCAAAGAUGAGACUUUCAAAGUGCUCCAUCUUCAGUCAUUCCCCAGAAAAGCUCCCAAUAUCUUGAAAGACAACGCGUCAAAGAAUACUUUGACCAUCAAAUCCCUCCAUUGGAUCAACCUUGUCCAGGAUAAUGUCAUGAUAUUUGGGAUGGAAGUGUAUGUGUACAUUAUCCUAAACCAAGCCAAUAAUUUUGAUAACCCUCAGCCCAUAACCAAGCUCUUAUACAUUUCCAAAGUGGACUCCACUGGGUUAAAUACCACCAAGAUAAAGUUCACCUUGGUGUCCCAAGAAGUAUUGCGACACUUGAUAGGAAUUAAUGUCACUCAUUAUACUGAUCAUUUUCUUGAUCCUAGCCUCAUUGAUGACCUGGAUCCUCAACCAACAGUGCGCAAACGGUUAAGAGACCUUGCGGCUCAUUAUGAUCACCACACUAAACUGUACGAUCUACCAGAAAAAGACAUCACAGUGUGUUCCUUAGCCAGUAAUACCCACUUGAUUGGGAAACCCGUGGUGGUAGAAAUCUCAUUAUUCACCAGGGCUGAGAAACAGUACUUAUUCCCCUACUCUUACCGUAACCUCAACAAGCACGUACUUUCGGAUCGUGAUUUGCUUAGUUGGUGGCUUUAUCUUCUUAAUAAGUUGGUGGUUGAUAAUACUGUAUUUUCCAAAUUGAUCCACAGUACCUUGACGAUUCCCGGAGAAGAUAAAAUGGCCAUUGAUCGGUUCAUUCACAAAUACAAUACUCCGGGGAAGAAAGUAUGGGGUCUUGGAGGGAUUUACGAUGAUCAAGGAGACAAAUCACAGUUAGCAGUGUUCCAGAUCCCACUUUUCCCUGAUGAUCCUAAGGGACGAUUUCUUGAACAUCUAGUGACAGAAAAUCGUAUCAAAAAAGUAUCUACGGGACAGUUUUGGAGUGAGUUGGCAGUGCGACAAGAGUUUAGGUUAUCUAAUAUUGUCGGAAUCAUCCAUAUCAAAGGACUUUCAAGUGGCCAGGAAACUUUCCAGCCAAGGCAGAAUGAAUAUCAAGAUAUUGCAAAUUUGAAUGCCAAUGAUGUUUUCAAUGAUCUAGGAACUGUGAUUGUGAAUGGUGAUCAUUCAACUAAUAAAUAUCCUCAGAAGAGUACAGGCGUCAAUGAACCUCCGAUUGACAAAGACUACCAGGCCACUUUAAACAACAACAAAUAUCCCCAAGGAAUCACAGUUUUAAAACUCAAAAUCAGCGAAUUUGCCACUCUGGGGAUAAAAAUCAACAAUUUCACUGACGAUAUGAUCAUCUUGACCAACAAACGCCUCAAGUAUUUGAAAGAUCUCAUCACUAGCGAAGAGUACGAUCUGUCAGAAUCUGCCAGGGAAUCUUUCAAGAAUCUUGAUUAUUUGUUAGCUAAGAGCUGCCGGUACCAAUACGCUCAGAAUAAUAAAAAUUUACAAAAAGGAUUUAAGAAAAUGUGUGGGAAAAUGGAGUAUUCGGAAAGAGUACAAAGUGAUAAAAAAAGUAUUGAAGUUUCGCCGGUGCAACAACUUUCCACUAUGAAAAAGGGAAAGAAAAGAGUAAUAUUGACCUCUGUUCAACAAUGA